AUGUGCAUUCUCACUUUCGUUAUUCUGAUAUUCGAACUUAACGGAAAAGGCGGGGUGGAACGAACUAGGUUGAAGAUUGCACCUUCCCCGGCCGUGCCAUGCAGACAAGUGCAGGGGCACCGAUGCGGCGGGGCGGGCGCGUCGCUUGCCCGCCAACGCGCCGCGUGCGAUGAGGGCGCGUCGCGAGUGAGCGCGCGCGGCCGCGGUGCAUGUACGCGGCGGCGGGCGGCGCGUCGCUCGCGGGCCGUAAGUUCCGCCGGCAGGCUCGCCAGCACGGCCGCCAGCCAGCGCCGUCGAGCCCGCGCCCGCGCAGCCCCCUCCACCCCGCACCCACCGGCGUCCGCGCCUACUCCUGCCAGCACUGGGAGUCCCGCCUCCUCGCGCCGCCGCCGCCCCCCCCACACUCACCAUGCCAUACCGUCGAGGUACACUGCCUGCGAUGUUGUGCCUCAGUGUCUUUGCGCCAUAGCCAGCAUGCAUACCAUAGAUGUAACGGCCUAUAUGUUGUGUGUUAACGCAAGCCCCGUACGGGUGUUGGUG